GGGUGGCAAUUGGCAAACUGGCAAUAACAUGUGAAAAUCAAAGUAGUGUUUCGAGCAGCUUCGUUGAGCACUAACCCGAUUCUCUGUUGCCGAUUUUCCACACAAUGGAGGAUAACACAUUUGAAGAUAAGAACGUUGUUGUUCCAGACGAACAACCAGAAAUCUUUGAAUCCUUUGUUUGCUGCGUUUGCCUGGAUCUACUAUACAAGCCCAUCGUACUAUCUUGCGGUCAUGUUUCCUGUUUCUGGUGUGUCCACAAGUCAAUGGAUGGUUUGCGUGAGUCUCAUUGUCCAAUAUGCAGGCAUCCAUACUAUCACUUUCCAACAAUCUGUCAAAUGUUUCAUGUUUUGCUCCUUAAGAUCUAUCCUGUUGAUUACCAGAGAAGAGAAAAGCAGACACUUGAGGAAGAAGAGAAAGAGGGCUAUUUUUCCCCUCAAUUUGAUGCUGAUACAUGCGGAUUACAAGUUAUAUUUGAUCAUAAUGGGAGCUCGCCUUCGUGCACUACUGUAAAUCCAGCAUCCGACUCUUGCAGUGUGGAACCUUUUGAGCGCACUGAGCAAUCAGGGUCUGCAACUCAUAAUAGAGAUGAAGGCACCAUCUAUGCUGGAAACACUUCUGACAGAACAUCUGAAGUUGAAGGAAAAAGAUUACCUCAGAAUCAGCACAGUCAGCAACUGAAAAUAGUAGUUGCAGACUUAAUGUGUACAAUAUGCAAGCAACUUCUCGUUCAUCCUGUCGUUCUGAAUUGUGGUCAUGUAUACUGCGAGACCUGUAUCAUCGACCUAUCUGAUGACAUGCUUAGAUGUCAAGUUUGUCAAAGUCCACAUCCCAGAGGAUUUCCAAAAGUUUGUUUAGCUUUGGAUCACUUUAUAGAGGAGCAAUUUCCAGAAGAGUAUGCACAACGUAGGGAUGCCAUUCAACUCGGCCAAAUCAAAGUCAAACCCGAGACCUCUUCUUGUUCAUUGGAUAAUGAUAAAGGAGGAAAGAUAGCAUGGGAGUCUGAUCCUGGUUUGAUUGUUCACAUGGGAGUUGGAUGCGAUUUUUGCGGGAUGUACCCAAUAACUGGGGACAGAUAUAGAUGUGCUGAUUGUAAGGAGAAGAUUGGUUUUGAUCUCUGUAGUUAUUGCUAUAAAACCCGUUCAAAGCUUCCAGGCCGAUUUAAUCAGCAACACACCCCUGAACACAAGUUCCAGCUUGUACAAUGGUAUGGGAGGGUUAGGGAACAGAUGAAUGGACAAGAAACUUCAGAAUUAAUAAUUAUCUCUGAUGAUCCUGCUUCGGAUGAUGAUAGCGAAGAUAACCAGGUUGAUGAUGGAGAAGAUAACCAGAGUGACUCUGAAGCCAACCAGGCUGAUGAUGGAGAAGAUAACCAGAGUGACUCCGAAGCCGCCAACUGAAAAAUUGAAAUCAUGAAAUUCCAUGCUCAUAUGGUUAAAUUGACAAGGAAUGGUACAUAUUUCUAAGAGUUUGUCUGAAUUUAUGAGAAUGUGUAUAUUACAACCAAAGCUUGUCUUAUGAUAUUAUCCAAUGUAUCCAUAAGAAUGAGUUAUGCUUGAACUAUUUCAGGAUAAGGUAGUUUAUAGUAGAGAACUAGAGAUCACUAACGUGUUAUGAAAUUUUAUGAUUCAAACUAGAGUUGUGGACGAGUUUCAUACCAUAACACCGUUGCUAUAUCUUUGUCACAAGACCUUAGUAUCAGUAAAAAUAUUACAACAUUAUUUUCUUUAA